UGUCGACCAUUGUUCCGCUUUCCAACACUGCUACCAACAGCACGUGCAGAAGACUGAUUUUUGGUCGUUAUUUUCCUCUAAAUUUAAAGUAUUUAAGCGACCCAUGGAUAAAACGCUCAGGAAGGAGUUUCGCCACCAGGCGAAGGAGUUUCGUCGAAAGUUUUUGGAGGACGAGAACCUCGUGGAAGUUGACGCGGGCGUGGCAGCGCACCAGUGCUGCGGCGAUGCGUUCCAAGACUUUAAUGCCCAGUCCCACGACGCAUGGCUGCUACAGUGUCCCAGGGGCAUGGAUCCCCGCCAGCUGGUCAAUAAGCGCAUCAAACUGCCUGGAAGAAAAACCGUGGGCGAUCUCCAGGUGCGGGCCACUAACUACACGGCGCCACAGAACAAAGCCAUCGGCUAUGUGAAUUCAAAGGGGAAGUAUGCCCUCCAAAAAGUUCCUCUCACCGGCUACGUGGUGGUCAGCAAGCGUUUGAAUACAAAGCAGCCGCCGGAAGGUGAUGAGGAGCAGGUCUUACCUGCUGCUGCAGUGGCACCCAGGGUCCUCUUCCGUGUUCGUCAUCCUUUGUUUGGGCGCGACUACAAGGAACGCAUCCAAGUACCCGAGGGGAUCACAAAAGCCAUCAACGAGGCGGACAAGCGAAACGAGGAAACCACAGCCAGGCUGCGACGUACUGCCAACUAUUAUAAGAUCCGCAGCCAGAUGUUUAACACCACCCAAACUCUGGAGCAGAAGGAGAACGAUGUAAGGCAGUCGGUGCUUACCGGGGUUUUACCCAAUUUUAUGAAGACAACGGACGGGCCGAACGGUUACAAAAACUUCGUGGAUGGGGAUGUAGGAGAGGAAGCGGCCCCCGCCCAGAAGAGCAGAAAGCAAAAAAUCAACGGAUCCGUUCAGGCAGACGGACAUAAACUGGUUAGGACCGAGGAGGAAAUCCCAGGGGAGUCGGUCAUCUCUCCUAAGAAAAAUAAAAAACGCAAAUCAAAUGGCCAAAUACUUUUAAAUGAAGAAGUAAAUGCCCUGGAUAUCAAGGUGGAGAUCGAGGAGGCCGUCUUACCUAAAAAGCAGAAAAAGCACAAAUCAAAUGGGCAGAUCCCUGCAAAUGGAGCAGCAACUGCAAGUACUCAGGACGAAGUGAUUGUAAUUAAAGAUGAACCCAUAUCCCCCGAGAAGCAAAAGAAACGAAAAAACAAAGGCGAGGUUAAGGUUGUUAUCGACGACGAUGUGGUAGUGAAAAAUGAGGAGGAUUUGGAGGCACCUCUGCGAAAACGCCAGAAACAUUUGAAUAGACAAAGAGUCAUUUCAGUUAGUUCUUAAUAAACUAUAUUAAUUAUUUAAAGGAGACGAAGGGACGUCCGCUCGAUUGUUAAGAUGUACUACUUUUUUUUAAAUAAACGUCUGUAAAUAUAAAUCAAGAAUUCAAGUAUUGCUGAUUUACUGACUUAAUUUUAGUUUCAGUAGUUACUAUAAAUACACAAACUAUUUUAUUGUUACUUUUUGUUGCCCCAUGCUUUCAGAUAAGUAUUUAAUAAAUACACAUUCUAACGUUUUUUUUUAAUAUUAGAGUCAGACCUAACAAGGAAUUUUUAAAUCAAUGUCGCAGAAAUUACAACAUGAACAUGAAUAAAAUCUUUAGUUGCAUUUGUAUAGUUAUACUUAAAAAUAAACUAUUUGAUCGUUUUCCGUUAAUAGACUGCCACAAAAACAUACCUAGAAAUUUCAAAAACACCAGUUGCAUCACACACUGUUUAACU